GUCUCACAUUGCCUUUUGUCAAGUACCCAUUUCACCACCUGCCACUCACAAUGGAGAGAAAGAAGGAGGAAGAAGAAAAAGCUACUGUCACCUUCAAAAUGAAGAAAAUAUGGUUAAAAGAGGGAAUAGUGGAUGCUCCCCCUUUGUCUUUGUUUCAAAGGAUAAAAGGAAAAGGAGGGGGAGAUAGCCAGAGCCAAAGUACCUGUGUAACCACCACUAUCACUUACAAGGGAAAGAAAGGGGGAGAGAAAAGAGAUGAGUGAGAGUGAAAGCACCAGUGCUGACGAGGUAAGGGUGAGGGCGGCGAGGAGGGGGGGAGACACAAAUACAGAAGGCAGCUGCUGCAGUGAGUAUCGCUGAUGAUGUUUGUUGGGUCACAGAAGAGAAAGUGGGAAAGUGUCGAGGCAGAAAAAUGGAGAGAACUGACUGAUUGAUAAAUGCGGGAAUAUAAGAUGGAGACAGAGAGGAAGCAAUCUCCAAGACAAGGAUGUGUGUCUGGGAUACAUUUGAUGUUUUAAGGGAAACGUGUUUUUAAAAGAUGCUAUAUUCAGUCAUAUGCAGUCUUCAAAAAACGUGGAGAGGCAAAGUGACUUAUGGAAGCCAGCUUGAGAAAUCAUCAGCGUCUGUAGUGAUUAAGUGCUGGAAGGAAAAUUGUCCCUGUGUGCUUAUGACGACUCUUGAGUGUGAGUGCGUGAGAGUGAGUGUGUGUCUCUGAGGCUUGCUUUGCUUGACCCAGGAGAGCAAGGAAUAAAACAAGUGGUCUGCUGUCAAAGUACUGAAGGAGUGACCAUUCCACCUAUCAAAGAGGCUCCCGGAUUGGUUAUGUCACGUGAACGGCUACCUCUGAUUGGUUCAUCUGGGAGUAAGACAACAGCCAAGCUGCCUUUCACCUCCUCUGCACUCCAGCGCCCCCAUCAGGCUAAUCACCGGAAACGCAGCCAGCAACAGACAUCGUCAUCCUCCUCUCACCCUCAUCCAGUGCCUUCUUCCAUCUUCGUCUCAGAUACUACCAUGACACCUUGGGGAGGCCUGGUUCUUUCUGAAUCCUCUUUUACCUCAAUCCCCCUGCCACCCCCUCCACGGCCCCCUCCCCUUCCACCUCACCCUCCUCCAGCCCCUCAGCCCACGCCUAUCAGUCCUUAUGGUGGGAGACAGAACGAAGACGAGGACGGUUCAAGUUCAAGUUUUAACUCUGAGGCUCCAUCUCCACCUGGUGUGGUCCCACAGGACAGAGUGGGUGGAGGGGGUAGAGGAUUACGGGCGAGGCGGAGGUUGUUGCCCCAGCGUCGGGUGCCACAUCCUCUCCGUCUCCCACCACUGCGUCCCGUCACCAACCUCAGUUUCUCUCGAAGCUUCACCUUCUCUUUCUUCGAGCUGCCGCUGCACCAGUCGCCUCGCUGCCGGGCUGAACGCAUCAGAAACCUCACGCUGCUUUUGAAACAGAUACACUACUGAAGAAUCCGUGUUGCAUGGACAGUUGUAUUUUUUAAUCAUUUAAAUGUACUUUUGUCAUAUAUAGUAUUUAGUUGUGUUAGUG